UUUGCCUCCAUCUCCGAAUUUGUGGAGUAUUUGUGUGCUGCACGCGUGCAGCCUCCGGUAUUACUGUAAAUUCUUCGCUUCUCCCCCGCCGCAGAAACGGAGGACGGGGAUCAGGACGGAUUUCGGUGAGCUCUCUAUCAUUCUCACUCUGCCCACGCGGUAGGACUGAGGACGGAAGAUGGGGAACAGGAGUGGAUAUUUUUGCAAUUUUUCUUCUCUGCCAAUUUUCCGUAUCUGCUCUUUGGCUAGCUGUUAGCUGCCCGUCAUAGUAUAUCGGCAAAAUGUUCAGGUCUCAGAUUUGUCAAAAUUCGGAUGUGUGUAGAUGCAUCCAAAUUUAGAGAAAUCUCUCACAUCUUUCAUGGUACGGAGGAGUAUAAGGAAUUUCCAAUGGGUGGUCAGCAGACCAAGCGUUUGUGAGAGGUAAAUGAGCAGAUUAUCCUUUUGUUUUUAGCAUGAUAACAACCUAGCUCAUCCAUUCUAGUAGGUGGCCACCUAUAUAUACUACUUAUCCUUUUUUUGCGAAUUAUAUAUACUACUUAUCUUAGCUUCAAUGCAUGUACCAGCAUACUAGGUGGCCACCUAUGUAUACUAUGACUUCAAUGCAUGCGCCAGCAAUGUGAUGUGCUUGUUUCGACGGUCGUCUCUUUUGGUUAGCCCAUCGUUAGAUUUUGUUUCUAGCUCUUGGUAUGUAGACUGUAGAUUUCGUUUAUUCGAGUUCGUGUGCUGCGGUUUUCAUGGUUGAUGUUUUGAUUCGAAGGGAUCCUAAUGUUUUGUUCGAGGGUGGGGAUUUGGAGUACGCCAAGUUCCUGCACAUGCCCAAGCGACAAUUCACUGAUUUCGGUGAGUUCUCUACCAUUCUCACUCUGCCCCCGCGGGAGGACGGAAGAUAGGAGCAGGAGUGGAUGUUUUUGCAAUUUUUCUUAUUUGUCAAUUGAUGCUCUUUGGCUAGCUUCUAGUCGCCCGUCAUGGUAUAUCGGCAAAAUGUUCAUGUUUUGUGAUGGAAUAUAAGCAAUUACCGGUGGCUGGUCAGCACCAAGCGUUUGUGUGGGGUAAAUGCGCAGAUUCUCUUUUGUUUGUUUUCUUAGCAUGAUAAGAACCGCAGCUAAUCCAUUCUACAUCUCUACUAGGCGGCCACCUAGAACCGUAGCUAAUCCAUUCUACUAGGUGGUCACCUAGAACCGUAGCUAAUCCAUUCUACUUGGAGGCCACCUAGGUAAACUACUUAUGUUAGCUUCAAUGCAUGUGCUACCAAUGUGAGGUACUUGUUUCCAUGGUUGCUCUUGGUUAGCCCAUCCUUAUAUAUUGUUUCUAGCUGUUGGUAUGUAUAGCAGGAAGUGGAAUCGAGAAUGAUGGUUGGUCAGCUAUCCCUGUAAGUAGACCGUCCAUGACUAUUUUGUAUUUUCUUAGUACUCCAAACGAAUGUUGAUGCAUAAUUGCUAUAGCCAGCAAACUCUCUACAGGCAAGUAUCAACUUACAAGUUACAACUGCCCAUAUGUGCCAGUCCCAUCUCUAGAUACAAGACUCUAAGCAACUCGUCUUAGGUCUCUAGUGGAAGUGAAGCAUCAAUCUGCCUAGCUGCUGUGCAUGUGGGAGCUAGCAAAAUGGCUCCAACAUGGAUGGAACUCGCCGUGACAUGGUUGAGUGUUUAUGUGUAUCGGGGAGUGCCUCUUCUCAGUUUAUCCAUGCAUCUUAUCCUCGCCAUCUUCUCCGAGAGCCGCCGACGUGAAGACCAUGGUUGGAAGAGACUGUUAGUGUGGGUGGCAUACCAGCUGACUGACUGGGGCCCGGCAUAUGUUAUCAGUAACCUGUACCUGGAAACCAAACCGCCCGAGAAGAUGAUUAUCGCCUUCUGGGUGCCGUUUCUCCUGCUGCACCAUGCUCGCCCGGACAACAUCAGCGUCUACACCAUAGAGGACAGUUUGCUCUGGAUACGCCUGAUCGUUUCAGUUCUUCCCAAGUCUGGGGGAUCCUUCAUUAUUGUGUACAGGUUCAUACUCACCGACUGUGCUGCCGACUGGUCAUUGCGCUGGGCAUCCAGCAUCAUGUUAUUCCUGGGCAUUUGGAAGUAUCUAGAGAGUGCAGUGGCGCUAUGGCUAAGCAACUUGGGCCACAUCUGCAAACCCAAGAAGCCGAUAGAUCUGUCGGACGUAAAAAUAAGGUUAUCCGGUAAGCUGAAGCAGAGAGAUUUGUCAGACCUAAAUGAUGAUGAAGCCACUGUCAAAGAAAAGGAUGAUGAAGCCCUGCUGGUUGCUCACGGCAUUUUCGAGAUCUGCAAGGGUGCCUUCUGUGAUUACAUGGUUGUCGUAGAUCAUAAGGUGAUCACAGACAUGUUCUGUGAUAAAUGGGAGACUUUGUGCACGGUUGUAGAGAUGGAACUCUCCCUCAUGUACGACAUCCUCUACACCAAGGCAGCCGUGGUCUAUACGUUGGGUGGCUACGCGAUCCGCCUGGCCUCGCCACCCCUCACUGCCACCGCGCUUCUGUUGUUUGUCCUCCACUGCAAAGAGGGCAUGAAGCCUGUAGAUAUAGCCAUCAGUUACAUAUUGCUGUUGACGACCUUCCUCCUGGACGUGAGAUGGCUGUUCAGAGCACUAGCGUCAUCAUGGACACAUGCAUACUUCGAACAUAGGCCACAGAGCUGGUUGAAGCAUGAAUUUUGGUGCCUGGCGAGAUGGAAGAAGCUCCGUUGCUUUGUGGUGUCUUUGUGUCUUUCCAGGCUCUCCUUGUGGUUGUGGGCAUGUGAAUGUGGCGAGGAAACCAAAAGCUACAGGAGCUGGGCAGGCACCUUUGGGCAGUGCAACCUGUUGGACCAGUGCACUGGUGGAAACAGGCAGAACCUACACAGCAUACCUAGACGACUGGCGAUUGAAUCAGGAGACCACUCAAGGUCGAGGGGCCUUGAAUCGGAAGACUACUUGAGGGGCCGUGAGAUUCCAGACUAUGUGAAGAAGCUGGUGUUUGGUAGUUUAUGCAAAAUUUUAUUCCCUCCGCCUGUGGAGCGCACAAUACCUGACGAGAACACCAACACUGUCACUCCAGGUCCAGGGCCGGACACGGGAGGAGGACACAGAAAGUCUCCAGGGUUGCCUGGAAAGUCUUCCACAGGGCUGAAAAACCACGAGGCCCGCGAAGGCACUGUCAUUUCAAGGCCUGAAGGGUCGUCGUGCAAGGGGAUGUGUCCCACAGGGUCGACGAACCCCGACCAACCCAGUGGCACUGUCACUCAAUGUCUGCAAGAUGGGGAGCUCCCUGACCAUUACACAUGUGUGUAUCCAGUGUCACCGGACCCUGACGAUCGCUGCCUCGGGCCCAAGGAGUGGAUCUGCAAUGGUAUACACGAUGAGCCACCUCCGUGGCUGCACUACCCUAGGGGAUGGGUCUGCACCGGUGUGGGCGUUCAUGCUACUCCAUGUCUGCAAUACCCCAGGCAGCAGAUCUGCAUCGGUAUCAACGAUGAGCCCCCGAGGUUGCCUUGCCCUUGGCAGGUCCGUGCUGGUAUGAGAAAUGGGCCAUUUGAAGAAAAUAGAUUGAAUGCCCUAGCAAGGCCACAUGGUCAUCCGGAGGAGCAAGCUGCAGAGGACCACUGGAGUUUUGAUUAUUAUGAGCAGGCCCCGCCUGAAGCCUAUGAGCAAGCUGAACAUAGCUGUGUGCAUGGCAUGAACCGUUUCGCGCAUCAUCAGGACACGCCCAACACCUACAUGCAAGAUGAUGACCAAGCCAAGGCCGACACCGACCAGCAACAUGGUGAUCAGACCAAGCAUAUGGAGUCAGACCAAGACAUGGAAUUCCCUCCUGAGCUUCAAGAGGUUAUCCUAAUAUGGCACAUCGCCACGGAUGUUUUCCUCUCGUGCAUGCCCGGUACCGCAGGAGACAAGUCCAUAGAACUUGAGAAGGCGAUCGAGCAGAUUUCGGAUUACAUGAUGUUCCUCGUCGCCAAACGCUCAGAGAUGCUACCGGGACUUAAGCUCCGCAGCCUGUACGAAAACACCCAGGAUACUCUGAAGGAUAUAUGGAAAAAAAAGGCGGUCACUGAGGGGCGCCGUAAACAGUACACUAGUUAUGUAACAAAGGAGAAGGAGGAACUUGCCAAGUGGAUGCCGGGAAACAUGGACUCUCUUCUUAAGGGUACCACUACUAUCGUCUGGGAAGGAACACAACUUGCCCGGGUGCUGCUAAACCUAGCCGAAGGAAACGAACAAGACACAGGCACGGUAGAAAGACUUGCAUACUGGGUUCCAGAUCUGCGAAAACUUCCUAGGGAUGUGAAAGGCAUGCUGAAGCUCAUCUUGGAUGCGUGGGUGCGUCUGCUCAUGUACGCGUCCAUCCGGUGCAGCAGGGACUCUCAUGCCAAGCAACUCAGCCGGGGCGGCGAGCUCACAACCCUCGUAUGGAUCAUCAUGGAACACGCUGAGAAAAAAUUCGUCAAAGAGCAUCUCCCGUUACUUUUUCCUCCUAAGAAAGAAAAAACGGAGUGACGUUUUGUCUCACUUGAUAUUCUGUACUCUCUCUUUCAGUAUCGUUGUGCUCAUGUAUGUCUCUGGAUUGGUGCUCUGCUCGUAUCUCCCCUUUGGAAUUCGUGCUCAUGUAUCUCUGGAUUGGUGUUGUACUCAUGUAUCUCUCCUUUGUAAUUUGUACUCAUGUAUCUCUGGAUUGGUUGUUUUACUCAAUUUUCUCUAGAUUGGUACUUGUACUCAUGUAUAUCUCCAGUUUGGUUGUCAUUUCC